GCGAAGGGUUUGGGUUCGCAGAGCAGCACUCUCCUUCGUCGAGGAAUCUAGUCCGUUGAAUCAUUCACCUCACAACAGAUUCGCGAGUCCAGAUCGGAAAGUUGCAUCAGUAUGCAGGGAAGAAUCGCGUCGUUCUGCGUAUGCCUGUUGCUGAUCGGACUUAUCGCGUCACUGACACCUUCCAGCGACGCUGCACCGCAACAGAGUUACUGGAGCCAGUACGACGAGGAAGAUCCUAAAGCGCUAAUGGAGAUAAUCGCCCGACUCGGGCAUUCUAUGAUGCGCAAUCCGGAGGUCGAGAACAACAAACGAGGCCUGGACCUGGGUCUGAGCCGCGGCUUCAGCGGCUCGCAAGCAGCGAAACACCUGAUGGGACUGGCCGCGGCGAAUUACGCUGGAGGCCCCGGCAGGCGACGUCGUUCCGAGCAGCCUUAAAUCGAAACGGAUUCGCUCGAUAGUUCGCCGCUCACUCUCCGACUCCGAUCUUUGUAAAUGUUCGCUCGUGUUCGUUCGUUCGUUCAUCCAUUCGUCUGUUCGUUCGUGUUCCGUGGACUCUUUUACUUUGCUCUCGUGUAUAGACGCGUACACACCUCGCGCUACAAGUCGGACGCGCGUCGUCCCCGAUCGCAGCCAUUCUUGCCCUCCCAGCUACCGUAGGUCCGCCGCAAACUGUUCUCGUUAGAUCUGCACGCGCGAUAGAUCGCCGCGAGCCACUUCACCAAAGCGAUCAGCUCCGGCAAACUGAAAUUUUAAACGAGUCCGAUGGAGUUUCAUAGACCAGUCGAGAAUUUGAACAUUGAAAUUUCUAUUGUAACUUAAGAACAAUCGGACAGCGAAGUUGAUCCGGUCGCUUUGAACGCCUCGCUCGCAUCAGCGUCUCACCGUCACCGUUUCCGUUCGGAGAAUCGUUGCCGCUUCCAAAUUUCGACGCAUCCGCAUACAGUCUCCGCACACCUCGCCGCGCUACACACCAACACCUCUCCGCCGAGAGCGCACCGCAGCGUGUCUGCGUCGUUUUCGUUGUAGAAUCGGCGUCUACGGUUACCAAUGAUGAUUAAAUGUUUGAUUGCAAUUAAAAUAUAAGUUUGAAUAUAUUCCUCCACAAUCCUUUGUCUACAGUACCAAUACCAUUGCGCACCCGUUCAUCCUCCUUCCGGUUGUAGCUGGUUAUAUCAUAUAUAUCAUAUAGCGGGAACAGUUACCAUUCGUUUUCAAUUAUUCUUCGUUUCUGCUCGCCUCGCAUAUCGACAAACCUGUGCAUCGCAACAAACGUGUGCGUGUACUCGUGUUACAUCGCUUGCAUCAUGCUACAUACAUUAUAUACGCUGGCGCGAAUAGAAAUAACGCGCGACCACUGUUUCGCGUUUCUUCGUUACAAGUAAAUAAACAAACGAGCUCACGGCUAACGAUUGUUACAGUUAAUUGAAGGACACCGGUCGCGCUGUACGCGGUCUGUCCGUUAUGUUGCGUCUGCGCAUCCUUAAUAUCUUUGACACUGAAACUAUCAAGCUAUUACAUGUUUGUUUAUAUAUUACACAAUACGUCGCAAGUCACUUAUAUUUUAACUAAUUCAUUUCUACUGCUCAUGCGUUGAUACACAACAUUGAAUAUUGAAUUCUAAUGUUUAUAAUUUAAGUCGCCUCCCGAGUGCAAAGGGUUGACGCUAGAUUUACGGAACGAGCCAAUUUGACUCGCGUUGAAUUUUAUAAACAUUUUCAUUUUGAUUCAAUUGCGUGAUUAUAAUUCCUAAUAUUGUUAAACGUUUCAUUUCCUAGACCUAAGCAGACAGCAUCAAUCUUUCUGGGAACAAUAGAAUAAACUGUACAAUAAAUGUCCGUGAAUCUAGUGCUAAUAUACUUAACAAUCCUCCAAAGAACCAUCUGUACCUCUUCAACGACCGCAAAAGAAGAAUCCUGAAUUGAUUUAUUUUGAUCCAUCCGAUUCCAGCGUUAACUGUCAGCGAAUAAAUACACGCAUAGAUGCCUGGACUAUGCAGCAAGAUACAAACAGUAUCUUGCGUUUGCUUUUUACCUGAAAAACACUGUACGUGAGACAUGGUUGGGAACAUGGAGCGCGGAAAAUCACAUUGGGAUUAUGGCCGGAAUAACCAAACUCGUAUCGCGCGCGCGCUCGCGUCUAUUACACAGUACACAUAUACUGGAGCGCAUAGCAAAGAAUGUCAGUUGUAAACGACACGCGCGACGCGUUCAGCAUUCCGCAUCUAAUAUCUACCACGAAUUAGGUGGAGUCUCAGCAGAGAUUUAAUUAAGUCUACGGUUUUAAUUGUAGUUUUAAAACGUUAUGCGAGUGAAAAUGUUUUCCAUGAGUUUCCGUUUUCGUGCUACGGUUCCAGCGACGUGAACACGCGUCGACGACUUUAUUCGAGGAUAAUAAAAAUCGAGAAUCCAACGAUUACCUAUUUUUCCCUCAUUCGUUUCAACGACAGUUCCAUUCGAAGAGUGCAACCUUCCAAUCACCCGUUCGUUCCAAUGAUCCCAGGCAU